ACUAAUUUUCAUCGUCGUGUGCAGAGCAGUUGUAAAGACAGUGGAAAAUAUUCCAAAGCAAAUAAAUAUUACAAUUUAGCAACCUAUAUAUAAAGUUAAUCAAGUGCUGUGUGCGUGGUUCUAUGAAAUAUAUUGAACAAGUGCACGCCUGCAAACAGCGUGCGUGUCUACGAUUACCUAUGACGACAAGUCUGCAGCAGCGCUUGCAGCAAUAGAAGUUAAAACAAGCUACAGCAAAUAAAAAACAGCAACACACAAGAAUGUCCGCCAAAACAGAGGCGGCGGACAAUGGCAAUGCCAGCUCCGGUGGUGUUGGAGGAUCAAUCCUUAGCAGCUCCACCACCAAUGGCGGCACUGUGACACCAGCGCGACGCCUGCGCACACGCAACUCCACUGGCGGCAGCGGCAGCGAAUCGGCCAAAAAGAGCAGCAACAAUAACAACAAUAAUAACAGCAGCAAUAACAACAACAACAACAAUAGCAGCAAUAGUAAUAACAAUGACAGCUCCGCAGCACAUGAAUCAACCAACAACAAUUCAGCAACAGCUUUGACCGGCGGUGGCGCCAACUCCGCUACACCCAAUGCCACACAGGAACGUCCCAUGCCCAGCGUGCCCAUGAAUCAUGCCAGCAGCAGCGUUUCGGCCAGCAGAAAAUAUCACAACGCCUGUCCGCAUCCAACUCCGACGCACAAGAAGCCGCUGCAUACACAACCGCAUAGCAGCAAUAAAUUUGAUGAUACCAAGAAUGAGGAAUUCCAUUUUGAUACUCCGCCUGCUUGUCCAGUGUUUCGACCCACAGCGGAGGAGUUUAAAAAUCCAUUGGCUUACAUAAGUAAGAUACGCUCCAUAGCUGAGAAAUGUGGCAUUGCCAAGAUUUUACCACCGGAUAAAUGGUCGCCGCCAUUUGCCGUAGAUGUGGACAAAUUGCGUUUUGUGCCGCGCGUGCAACGUCUCAACGAGCUGGAGGCAAAGACGCGUGUUAAGCUAAAUUUUCUAGAUCAGAUUGCCAAGUUUUGGGAGCUACAGGGCUCAUCGUUGAAAAUACCCAUGGUAGAGCGCAAAGCUUUGGACUUGUAUACACUGCAUCGCGUAGUGCAGGAAGAGGGCGGCAUGGAGCAGACUACCAAGGAGCGCAAAUGGGCUAAAGUAGCAAAUCGUAUGCAGUAUCCAUCCAGCAAAAGUGUAGGUGCCACACUAAAAGCGCACUACGAGCGCAUUUUGCAUCCAUUUGAGGUCUAUACCUCGGGCAAAGUGUUGGGCGCUACAUCAGGACAAGCAGCUGCUACACCCGUGAAGCUUGAGGAUGUCGGCACCGAUUACAAGACACAUGAGAUACAACAACGCCAGUCGAUUGCACCGCCCAAUGAGAAUAAUACGCGUCGCUCCAAGCGCUUUGGCCAUUCCACUGCUAGCUGUGGUCUGGGUGGCAAACCAGGUGCUGGUGGCACCAACAACAAUGCGGUGUGCAUUAAAACCGAAACCAAGGAGGAUUUCAAGCGAGAUCUACUUAGCAGCUUCAAUGCUGCCACAGAGGCAGGCAACGGAGAAAAAGGCGCAGCCACGCCCAAUACACGAGCAACACAAAAGAAGGCGGACAAGGAGACAACGCCAUUGAUUGAUCCAUUGAUGAAGUACAUUUGCCACAUUUGCAAUCGCGGCGAUGUGGAAGAGUCGAUGUUGCUCUGCGAUGGGUGCGACGAUAGCUAUCAUACCUUCUGUCUGCUGCCACCAUUGACUAGCAUACCCAAGGGUGAGUGGCUAUGUCCACGCUGCGUGGUUGAGGAAGUCAGCAAGCCGCAGGAAGCGUUUGGAUUUGAGCAAGCAGAGCGCGAGUAUACGCUGCAGCAAUUUGGCCAAAUGGCGGAUCAGUUUAAACAGGAAUAUUUCCGCAAACCGGUGCAUCUGGUGCCCACCGAAAUGGUGGAGCGUGAAUUUUGGCGCAUUGUUUCCUCCAUUGAUGAAGAUGUAACCGUGGAAUAUGGCGCUGAUUUGCAUACUAUGGAUCAUGGCUCGGGCUUUCCUACACGCAGCUCACAGUACUUGCUCUUGGGUGACCAGGAGUAUGCGGAUUCUAGCUGGAAUUUGAAUAAUCUACCACUAUUGGAGGAUUCCAUAUUGGGACACAUCAAUGCGGAUAUUAGCGGCAUGAAUGCGCCUUGGAUGUAUGUGGGCAUGUGCUUUGCUGCUUUUUGCUGGCACAAUGAGGAUCACUGGAGCUACUCCAUUAACUAUUUGCAUUGGGGUGAGCCGAAGACCUGGUAUGGCGUGCCCGGCUCCUGUGCCGAGCAGUUCGAGGAGACCAUGAAGCGUGCAGCGCCCGAGCUAUUUGCUUCGCAGCCAGAUUUGCUGCAUCAGCUGGUGACCAUAAUGAAUCCCAACAUCUUAAUGAACAAUGGUGUGCCCGUUUAUCGCACCGAUCAGCAUGCAGGCGAGUUUGUUAUAACCUUUCCACGUGCCUAUCAUGCUGGUUUCAAUCAAGGCUAUAACUUUGCCGAGGCGGUUAAUUUCGCUCCGGCGGAUUGGUUAAAAAUGGGACGCGAAUGUGUUAAUCAUUAUUCCAUGCUGCGACGCUUCUGCGUCUUCUCACACGAUGAGCUGGUCUGCAAGAUGGCCUUGGAGCCGGCCAAGCUAACCUUUGGCAUUGCCACUGCCUGUUACAUUGACAUGGCCGAAAUGGUGGAUACGGAGAAGAAAUUGCGCAAGUCUUUGCUGGAAUGGGGAGUCACACGCGCCGAGCGUCGCGCCUUUGAGCUGGUCAAUGAUGAUGAGCGCCAUUGUCAGGAGUGCAACACCACUUGCUUCCUCUCCGCCGUUGCCUGCGAGUGCAACGAUAAGUUAAUUGUCUGCUUACGCCAUUAUACCGUACUCUGUGGCUGUGCGCCGGAGAAGCAUACGCUCAUCUAUCGUUAUACUCUGGACGAGAUGCCGCUGAUGCUGCAGAAGCUCAAGGUCAAGGCGCAUAGUUUUGAGCGUUGGCUCUCACGUUGUCGGGAUAUUGUCGAUGCCCAUACACCCACCUCGGUGGCUCUGCAGGAGUUACAGGAACUUUGCAAGGAGGCCGAAACUAAAAAGUUUCCAUCUUCGCUGCUUAUUGAUCGCUUGAAUGCCGCAGCUAUUGAGGCGGAGAAAUGCGUUACGGUGAUCCAACAAUUGGGAAUCAAUAAGGUGCGCACUCGCUCGGAUCACAACCAGGAGGCAGCACAGUAUAAGCUAACUAUGGAGGAGCUCGAGCUGUUUGUGCAGGAGAUCGAUAAUCUGUGCUGCAUCAUUGACGAGGGCGCUUCGGUGCGUGAACUUUUAGUGCUGGGCAAACAGUUUGUGGAGCGUGCAGAGGCGCAGCUGCAAUUGACGCUGGAGGUGCUGGAAGAAAACGAGCUGGAGACACUCAUAAACGAGGGCAGCUCGCUGCGCAUUGAGCUGCAGCAGUUGGAUUCGCUGCAGAAGCGACUCAAGCAGUGCAAGUGGUACAAACGCUCGCAGGGAUUGCGCGAGACGAGCUCCAAGCUGACCUACAAUGAUAUCAAAGCGCUGCUGCAUACAGCGGCAGCUGAACUAGAUCCCACAGAUCCGUAUGUGGAUAGGGAGAUGCGCAAGCUGCAGCAUAUAGGCGCUGCCAUUGAAGCCUGGGAAGCGCAGGCGGCCAAGUAUUUUAGGCGUCUCAAUCAGCAGCAUGAGUUAGUUGAGAUCGAGCAGUUUCUGAAGUCUGCAGCGGAGAUCAAUGGGCAGGUGCCGUCGCAUGGGCUGCUGAAGGAUGCGCUGCGUAAGGCGCGUGAGUGGCUGCGUGCAGUGGAGCAACUGCAGCAGAACAAUCAUGUAACCUAUUGUCACACGCUGGAGGCCAUGAUCGAGCGCGGCCUGAGCAUUCCGCUGCAGCUGGAGGAGCUGAGCCGCAUGCAGGGCUAUCUGCAAUCCGCUGCGCAGUGGAAGGAUAACACUGCGGCUGCGUUUCUGAAGAAGGGCACCUUCUAUACGCUGCUGGAGGUGCUCAUGCCACGUGCGGAUGCCAUUAACAUAGACUCGGAUCUCAAGCCGCGUUUCCAGGAUGAUUUCUUAAAGGACAAGAAUCCCGCCGAGAUUGUGGCCAGCUUCAAGCAGUCCGAGGAGCAAGAGCUGCGCGACAUGCGUCAACUGCGUCGCCAGAACUUGUCUAAGCAGCCCCAGCGCGACGUCUACUGUCUAUGCAAAGCGGAAUUCCGUGGUCUCAUGCUGCAUUGCCAGCUGUGUCGUGAUUGGUUCCAUGAGGAUUGCGUGCCACCACCAGCAAUGCACUCGAAUGGUCUACUCAAUGGCUUGCAGUCAACGCCGGCGAAGUGGCUCUGCCCCAGCUGCGUGCGCUCCAAGCGUCCGCGCUUGGAAACCAUUCUACCGCUGCUGGUGCAACUGCAAAAGCUGCCCAUACGCCUGCCCGAGGAUGAGGCGCUGCGCUGUCUGGCGGAACGCGCCAUGAACUGGCAAGAUCGUGCACGCAAAGCGCUGAGCAGUCCCGAUGUCAGCGCCGCCAUAGAAGCCAUAGUGGCGCAACAGCGUCUCAGCGGCAACAGCACCGCCGUCUUGGGCAGCAUUAACAGUCCGCGCAAGCCGAGACGUCAGCAGACCAAGCAGGCAUCCGCUUCGGAUGCAGAUGAUGUGGACGAAGACGAUGAGGAUGACGAUGAUUGCCGGCUGCGCAUUGUGGAGGACGGCUUUAGUGGUGAUGAGGAUGAGCGACAUGGCGCCGAUGCGCACGGCACGGAUUUAUUAAAGCUACUCUCGGACAGCGAAUUUGAGAACCUGCUGGAGCUGAUGAUGGAGGGAGAUCUGCUUGAGGUCUCACUGGACGAGUCGCAAGAGCUGUGGCGCAUACUAGAGACACAACCGCCCUCAGCUGUGCAGGCAGAGGCCAAGGCGCGAGUGGCGCAACAUAUGCAGCAGCUACGUUUAACGCUGCAGAGCAGCGGCGCCUCAACAGCGACGCCAUCGGCUAUGGGCAGCGGUGCUGAAGAUUCCAAUGACAGCCUGCUGGUGCAAAAUAGUCCCAGUCCAGGCUCCGGUUCGCUGACGGGACCACCGACUAACAAGAACAACAAGAAGCGACGCUCGAAUGAUGCCAACAGUGGCGCUGUGGCCGUGCCGCGCAAGAAACAGAGCACGCCCAAGCAGACGCCGGGCAAAAAGAGCGGCGGAGGUGUGCGCAAGAGCGACACCAAGGCGAGUAGCUCAUCACCCGGAGCUGGCGCCGAUGCCGAUGCGGAGAACAAACAAGCAAAUGGCGGCAAUACGCCAAAUUCAACGCCCGGAGCAGCGACAACGCCGGGAUCAACGCCGGCAGCGCAUAAGAAACGCAAGCGCACUACGACGAGCACGACAAACAAUAGCAACAAUAACAAUAAUAACAACAAUAGUGGCAGCAACAACAGCACGCCAACAGCAGCAACGAAUAACAACAACAACAGCAACGCUGGCGGCGGCGGCGGCGCAGCUAACAGCACACCCACAACUGGUGGCGGCGGCGGCGGACAGAAGAAACAUGCGCAGCGCACGCAGCAAACGGCGCAGGAAGAUGACGAGGAGGAAUGUCGUGCGGAGAAUUGUCACAAGCCCACAGGCCGUGAGGUGGACUGGGUGCAAUGCGAUGGCGGAUGCAAUGAAUGGUUCCAUAUGUAUUGCGUCGGUCUCAAUCGCAGUCAGAUUAAAGCCGACGAUGAUUAUAUUUGCAUACGCUGCUCGAAAACUGUUAGCGUAGGCGUCGCCGCUGGCAGCAGCAGCAUAACGGUGACGACGAACACGACCAGCAGCUUAUCGCUGAGCACAACGACGCCAAGCAAGCAGCGAGCAGCGCAGUCGGCGCGAUGAACCGCAAUGGAGCUGCAGCUGCGGGUGUGUAUACGCGUGAGAAAGAUAAAUACAAAUUGACAACAGUUGGCAGCGCCUGCGAUUAAUCGAUGACACACACACACAAACAAACACACAUAUACAUAUAUAUAGGCACAACUUGCAUUGGUGUGUGCUUAACGGUAUUUACUAAGUUUUAGUAAAAACAAAACAGAGUCACUUUAACGUUUUUUGUAGUACAUACUAUUUACUAAUUAUUGCAAGCUUGCAACACACUCACACACACCUACACAUACAUAUGAGAGAGUUAAUUAUUUAAGUGAAAAUUCAACUGUAAAAUGCUAAAAAGAAAUAUAACACAACCGAUUUACUUAUAUGUAAGUAAUCUGUUGUAAUUUGUGUAUUCAAGUGCACAUUUUACUUUUCGUUAAAAACUUUAUUUUAUAAAGCGUAUACUACAUACAUACAUUUAUGUAUAUACACACACACACAUACAAUUUACCAUUACCUGCUAUUAUAAGUGCUUUUUUGUUAAUUUAAUUCACUUUUUUGUGUUCUCGCUUUAAACAACAAAUAUUUUCAUGUGCGACUUGCGCUUUCGUUUAAUUUUCCACAAGCAAACAUUCAAUUGAUUUCUUGUAUAGUUUACUUUGUUUACUUAAAGUGGAAUUGAAAGUAAAU